CUGCUCAGACGGGUGAAGGGCUGUCAGAGGAGGAGUCUGGAGCCGCCCCACUCCCUCUCCUCACACCACCUCCCGGGACCGGACUGAGCGGAGGAGAAGAACGAGGGAAGGACAGGACGAAAGAGAGAGAGAGAGAGGAGACCCGCCGGGAGAGAACAGCGACGGGAAGAGAACAAACUUUGUGAACUGAUAGGAGGAGAGCCACUCUCUCGCUCUCUCUCCCUGCCUGGAUGCUGUCACCGCAGACGGAUUGGGACUGACACAUUGUCUUGGGGUACCACAGCGCCCCCCCCUCUUAUUUUGGGAGAUGUCGUCGGACGACCUCAGGAGCGCGUGCGGCGGCAUGGUGGCCGGGAUCAUUCCGGAAUAUUCCGAGGAGCAGGACGGGGUGAUCCUGGUCCGGAUCAGCAGCCUCCCCGUGGACCUGCUCUCCGCCAGCGACUUCCGCGGGAAGUUUAAAAAGAUCCACUCCAAGCGCCGGCCCUCCAUCCUGGACGCAUCGCCGGUCGGAAACGGAUACAGCAAGCUUCCGCUGCCCCCUGCCUGCAGCGUGCCGGGAGACCGCAAGGGGCCGCCAGCCAUGACGGCCGUCACCGUGGACCCCGAGAGCAAGCCGGGCGAGUUUGUGCUCAAGAGCCUCUUCGCCAACUUCACCACGCUGUCGGAGCGCAAGAUCCGCAUCAUCAUGGCCGAGCCGCUGGAAAAGCCACUGACCAAAUCCCUGCAACGAGGGGAGGAUCCACAGUUUGACCAGCUGAUCAGCACUAUGAGCUCCCUGGCAGAGUACUGCCUGCCCUCCAUCUUGCGGACGCUGUUCGACUGGUACAAGAGACAGAACGGCCUGGAGGACGAGUCCCAUGAAUACCGGCCCCGCGCCAACACCAAGUCCAAAAAUGACGAACAGCAGAAGGAUUAUCUACUUGAAAGGAGGGAUCUGGCCAUUGAUUUCAUGUUCUCUCUCGUACUCAUUGAGGUUUUGAAACAGAUCCCUCUCCAUCCACUCCUGGACAACCUGAUCCAGGAGGUGGUUAACCUGGCGUUCAGACACUUUAAAUACAGAGAGGGGUACCUCGGGCCCAACACCGGAAACAUGCACAUCGUAGCGGAUCUCUACGCGGAAGUCGUCGGAGUCGUGGCUCAGUCUCGGUUCCCGGCGGUGAAGAAGAAGUUCAUGGCCGAGCUGAAGGACGUGCGGCACAAGGAGCAGACGCCCUACGUGGUGCAGAGCACCAUCAGCCUCAUCAUGGGCGUCAAGUUCUUCCGCAUCAAGAUGUACCCCGUGGAGGACUUUGAGGCCUCCUUCCAGUUCAUGCAGGAAUGUGCACAGUAUUUUCUGGAGGUUAAAGACAAGGACAUCAAGCACUCCCUGGCUGGGCUGUUUGUGGAAGUUCUGGUUCCUGUAGCAGCGGCGGUAAAGAACGAGGUGAACGUCCCCUGCCUGAGGAACUUUGUGGAGACCCUGUAUGACACCACUCUGGACCUGUCCUCCAGGAAGAAGCACUCUCUGGCUCUGUAUCCCUUGGUGACGUGCCUGCUUUGCGUCACACAGAAGCAGCUCUUCCUCAAUAGGUGGCACGUCUUCCUCAACAACUGCCUCUCCAAUCUGAAGAACAAGGACCCCAAAAUGGCGCGAGUGGCAUUGGAGUCGCUCUACCGCCUCCUGUGGGUGUAUAUGAUCCGCAUCAAGUGUGAGAGCAACACCGGCACACAGAGUCGCCUCAGCACCAUCAUCACCACUCUGUUCCCCAAGGGGUCCCGCAGUGUGGUCCCCCGAGACAUGCCCCUCAACAUCUUCGUCAAGAUCAUCCAGUUCAUCGCUCAGGAAAGACUGGAUUUUGCGAUGAAAGAGAUCAUCUUUGACCUGCUAUCUGUAGGAAAGCCAGCGAAAGCCUUCAGUCUUAAUCCAGAGAGGAUGAACAUCGGCCUGAGGGCGUUCCUCGUCAUCGCGGACAACCUGCAGCAGAAGGACGGAGAGCCGCCCAUGCCCAACACGGGGGCCACACUGCCUUCUGGGAACACCCUGAAGAAGAAGAGGACCUUCCUCAGCAAGACGCUGACCGAGGAGGAGGCCAAGCUCAUCGGCAUGGCCCUGUACUACUCGCAGGUGCGGAAGGCCCUGGACCACAUCCUCAGACACCUGGAUAAGGAGGUGGGACGCUGCAUGAUGAAGACCAGCCUGCAGAUGCUGAACAAGGAGCCGGAGGACAUGAUCACGGGUGAGAGGAAGCCGAAGAUCGACCUCUUCAGGACCUGUGUGGCUGCGAUCCCUCGGAUCCUCCCGGACGGCAUGUCCAAACUGGAGCUGAUCGAUCUGCUGUCGCGCCUGACGAUCCACAUGGACGACGAGCUGCGUCUGAUCGCCCAGAACUCCCUGCAGAGCCUGCUGGUGGACCUGUGGGACUGGCGGGAGGACGUCCUGUUCGGCUUCACCAGCUUCCUGCUGCGGGAGGGGCAGGACACGCACCCCGGCCUGCUGGACUCCGCCCUGCGGCUCCUCCUCCAGCUGCUCACGCAGUGGAGGCUGACCAUGCAGAGUCCCGCCAAGAGCCGCGGCCACGAUCGGAACCUUCCGGAGCGCAGUCACUGCGCGGUGCUGCACGCUGUGGAGGGGCUGGGCCUGGUGCUGCUCUGCUCCUGCCACACCGCCACGCGCAAGCUCGCCGUGUCCAUCCUCCGCGAGAUCCGCACGCUGUUCACCGCCAUCGGCCAGAGCGAGGAUGAUGACAAGCCCAUGAUUGAGGUGAUGGAUCAGCUCAGUUCUGCGGUCCUGGAGAGCUUCGUACAUGUGGCACACUCGGAAUCGGCCACCCUGCCCCUCAGUCACCACGUGGACCUGCAGUGGCUGGUGGAGUGGAGCGCCAAGCUGGUGAACAGCCACUACGACGUGAAGAGCCCCUCCCACGUGUGGAUCUUCGCGCAGUCGGUGAAGGACCCCUGGGUGCUGUGCCUCUACAGCUUCCUGCGGCAGGAGAACCUGCCCAAACACUGCCCCACGGCGCUGAGCUACGCCUGGCCCUACGCCUUCACCCGCCUGCAGCUGCUCAUGCCCCUGGUGGACCCCAAUAACCCGGUGAACGCCAAGAAGACGAGCACAGCGGGCACGUGGGACGGGUACGUCACCCUGUGGAGGAACUACCUCAUCCUGUGCUUCGGCGUGGCCAAGCCCAGCAUCAUGAGCUCAGGACACCUGAGAGCGUCCACGCCCGAAAUCACCGCCACCACGCCCGACGGCAGCGUCAGCUACGACAACAAGGUGAUUGGGACACCCUCCAUCGCCUGUCUGCUGAAGCAGCUGGUCCCGCUGAUGAGGUCAGAGAGCAUCGAGAUCACAGAGGCCCUGGUGCUGGGGUUCGGACGCACCAACGCGCUGGUGUUCAGGGAGCUGGUGGAGGAGCUGCAUCCCCUGAUGAAGGAAGCCUUAGAACGAAGACCUGAGAAUAAGAAGCGCAGGGAGAGGAGGGAUCUGCUCCGGCUGCAGCUCCUGCGCAUCUUUGAGCUGCUGGCCGACGCUGGAGUCAUCAGCGACAGCACUAACGGGGCCCUGGAGCGGGACACCCUGGCCCUGGGGGCCCUCUUCCUGGAGUACGUGGACCUGACGCGCAUGCUGCUGGAAGCGGAGAACGACAAGGACGUGGAGGUUCUGAAGGACAUCAGAGCCCACUUCAGCGCCAUGGUGGCCAACCUGAUCCAAUGCGUGCCCGUCCACCAUCGCCGCUUCCUCUUCCCCCAGCAGAGUCUUCGUCACCACCUCUUCAUCCUCUUCAGCCAGUGGGCGGGGCCCUUCAGCGUCAUGUUCACCCCGCUGGACCGCUACAGCGACCGCAACCACCAGAUCACCCGCUACCAGUACUGCGCCCUCAAGGCCAUGUCGGCGGUGCUGUGCUGUGGGCCCGUGUUCGAUAACGUGGGGCUCUCUCCGGACGGGUACCUGUACAAGUGGCUGGACAACAUCCUGGCCUGUCACGACCUGCGGGUCCACCGGCUGGGCUGCGAGGUGGUCAUCCUGCUGCUGGAGCUCAACCCCGACCAGGUCAACCUGUUCAACUGGGCCGUGGACCGCUGCUUCACCGGGUCCUACCAACUCGCCUCUGGCUGCUUCAAGGCCAUCGCUACUGUCUGCGGGAGCAGAAACUACCCCUGUGACAUUGUGACGCUCCUGAAUUUGGUGCUCUUCAAGUCCUCGGACACCAACAGAGAAAUCUAUGAGAUCUCCAUGCAGCUGAUGCAGAUCCUGGAGGCCAAGUUGGCGGUGUACUCGAAGAAGACGUCGGAGCAGAAGAGCAGCAGCAUCCUGUACGGCACCCACGGCCCCCUGCCCCCCCUCUACAGCCUCUCCCUCUCACAGCUGUCCAAUCAGCUCGCCCGGAUGUACCCCGAACUCACCCUGCCACUCUUCUCUGAGGUGAGCCAGCGCUUCCCCACCACACACCCUAAUGGCCGGCAGAUCAUGCUGACCUACCUGCUGCCCUGGCUGCAGAACAUCGAGCUGGUGGACAGCGGCCUGCUGCCCCCCGCCUCCAGCCCCUGCACCCCGGAGGAGGAGGCCCGGGAGCAGGCCGACAGCCUGGGCCUCGCCCACCCCCUGAAGGGCAGCGGCUGGGGCUCCCUGCAGGCCACCUCCCUGGUGCUCAACAACCUCAUGUUCAUGACCGCCAAGUAUGGUGAUGAGUUGCCGGGGCCGGAGAUGGAGAACGCCUGGAACGCUCUGGUCAGCAACGACAAGUGGAGCAACAACCUGCGGACGGCGCUGCAGUUCCUCAUCAGCCUGUGCGGCGUGAGCAGCGACACGGCACUGCUGCCCUACGUGAAGAAGGUGGUGAUCUACCUGUGCCGGAACAACACCAUCCAGACGAUGGAGGAGCUCCUGUUCGAGCUGCAGCAGACGGACCCGGUCAACCCCGUGGUGCUGCACUGCGAUAACGCCCCCUUCUACCGCUUCGCCCCCAGCAACAAGACCUCUGCCGCGGCCUCAGGUACAUCCUCGAGUAGUAACACACUGGUUGCUGGCCAGGAGAGCUUCCCAGACCCAGAGGAGUCGAAAGCAGCCAGAGAGUCUGAGGAGAGGCGGAGCAAUGCCAGCCGGGCUCACAACAGACUCGAGUCCCGCUACAGCAACAGCUCUGGGGGCUCCUAUGACGAGGAGAAGAGUGACCCGCUGCCGCCCUACACCGGUUGGCUGAUGAGCGUGCUGGAGUCCAAUCAGCCGCAGGCUCUGCCCAUGCCCAUAAACGGGGGCUGCUGGGCGCCCCUGGUGGACUACCUGCCCGAAACCAUCACCCCCCGAGGGCCCCUGCACAGGUGUAAUAUUGCAGUGAUCUUCAUGACGGAGAUGGUGGUGGAUCACAGUGUGAGGGAGGACUGGGCCCUACACCUGCCACUACUACUGCAUGCCCUCUUCCUGGGGCUGGACCACUACCGGCCGGAGGUGUUCGAGCACAGCAAGCGCCUCCUACUGCACCUCCUCCUCACUCUCUCCUGCAACAACAACUUCCAGGUCAUCGCCUCCGUCCUGCUGCUCACCCGGGAGAUGAGUGACAACAAGGCCCUGACCGUCAAAUCCAGCUCUCAGCCUGAAUACCUGUACACAGGGGGCUUUGACUUCCUGCGGGAGUGCCAGGCCUCCCCGGUGGCCGACUCGGGGCUGAGCUCCUCCUCCACCUCCUCCAGUGUCAGCCUGGGGAGCAACAGCGGGAACUUGCCCCAGAUCUCCCUGGAGCUGGAGGAGCUGGAGGAGUCAUCCACCGAGUCCGACGAGAAGACCAACAAGCUCAUCGAGUUCCUCACCACCAGGGCGUUUGGGCCUCUGUGGUGCCACGAGGACAUCACUCCUAAGAACCCGAACUCCAAGAGCGCCGAGCAGCUGGCCAACUUCCUGCGACACGUGGUGUCUGUGUUCAAGGAGUCCAAGUCAGAGUUCCACCUGGAGGCGCUGUUGAGUGACGUGGCGCUGCAGACGGCCCUGUGCAGCUCCUCCCGGCACUACGCCGGACGCUCCUUCCAGAUGUUCCGCGCCCUGCGGCAGCCCCUGUCCGCCCACGCCGUCUCCGACCUGCUGUCCCGCCUGGUGGAGGUGGUGGGGGAGCACGGGGACGAGGUGCAGGGCUAUGUGAUGGAGGUGCUGCUCACUCUGGAGUCUGUGGUGGAGAAUCUGGCCGAGUGUCUGAAGAACAGCGACCUGAUGGCAGCUCUGACCAGGGCCUCCUCCCCAGACUUCCUGACCAAUGGGAAGCUGACGUGGAACAGGAAGAGCACGGGGCAGCUGAACCUGCCGGGGGGGGUGGUGGGCGAGCGCAGCCGGCACCAGAGGAGCUACUCCGUGCCCAAGAAGUUCGGGGAGAGCGGGGACCGGCGGGCCUCGGACCCGCCCCGCAGCGCCACGCUGGACCGCAUCCAGGCCUGCACACAGCCGCCCGGGAUAGGCCGCACCGCGCGGAGCUCCUCCUCCUGCUCCCGCGACAACCCCGAAGACCCCGCCCACUCCGGCCACCCCGCCAACCUGCUGGCCACCAUCUUCUGGGUGGCGGUGUCGCUCAUGGAGUCUGACUUCGAGUUCGAGUACCAGAUGUCGCUGCGGCUGGUGCACCGGCUGCUGGCGCGGGUUCCCCUGGACCGGCCGGAGAACCGGGAGCGGCUGGAGAAGCUGCAGGCGCAGCUGCGCUGGAGCGGGUUCUCCGGGCUGCAGCAGCUGCUGCUGAAGGGCUUCACCUCCCCCGCCACCACCGACCUGACGCUGCAGCUCUUCUGCCAGCUCACGCCCGUGUCCCGCGUGCCCGUGGUGGACACCUCCCAGGCCAUCGGGUUCCCUCUGAACGUGCUCUGCCUGCUCCCACACCUGGUGCAGAACUUCGACUGCCCCUCACAGUUCUGUAAGGAGAGCGCAGAGAGGAUCGCACAGGUGUGUCUGGAGGAGAAGAACACUAAGCUCUCCCACCUGGCCCACGUGAUGACGCUGUAUAAGACGCACUCCUACACCAGGGACAGCUUCUCCUGGGUCAGCGUGGUGUGCCGCUAUCUGCACGAGGCCUUCUCCGACAUCACCCUCAGCAUGGUCACCUACAUGGCCGAGCUGCUGGACAAGGGCCUUCCCAGCAUGCAGCAGUCCCUCCUGCAGAUUAUCUACAGCCUGCUGAGUCACAUGGAUCUCAGCGUCAUCCAGUUCAAACCCUUCAACGCCGAGGUGCUCAAAACCAUCGAGAAGUUUGUGCAGACCGUACACUGGAAGGAGGCCCUGAACAUCCUGAAGCUGGUGGUGUCUCGCUCGGCCAGCCUGGUCCUGCCAGCCUAUCCCCAUGGAGACCUGUCCCACAUGGAGGUGAGCCGCGUGUGGGACGGAUCCUCCAAGGCCCUGCCCGGGAAGACCCUGGACUUCCACUUCGACAUCUCCGAGACGCCCGUGAUUGGCCGGCGCUACGACGACCUGCAGGGUUCGGGGGGGCGGGACGGAAAGAGCCGGGCCAUCGCCGUGACCCGCAGCACCUCCUCGGGCUCCUCGGGGUCCACCUCCAACAACGUCCUGGUGCCCGUCAGCUGGAAGAGGCCCCAGUCCUCACAGAAGAGGACACGGGAAAAGCUGGUCAACGUGCUAUCGCUGUGCGGCCAGGAGGUGGGACUCACCAAAAACCCAUCGGUGAUCUUCUCCUCCUGCGGGGACCUGGACCUGAUGAUGGAGCACCAGCCCAGCCUGGUCUCCUCGGAGGACGGUGGGCGGGAGCCCGAGAACAUGGACGACACCGCGUCCGAGCAGCAGUUCCGCGUCUUCCGCGACUUCGACUUCCUGGACGUGGAGCUGGAGGACGGGGAGGGGGAGAGUGUGGAUAACUUUAACUGGGGGGUACGGAGGCGUUCUCUGGACAGCGCAGACCUGCUGCAGGAGCUCCUGGAGGAGAGCCAGCACUCAGACACCACGCCCAGCCUCGCUAAGGACUCAGACGAGUCAUCAGAGGAGGAGUCACUCACUGCCAGUCAGACGAUGAACCUCUCUCCCUCCGAGGAGACCAACAACACGGACUCUCUCUCCACCUCCUUCGACACCACCUCCGCCGAGCAGCCGUCCCUGAGCGCGCGGACGCCCAGCCUGGAGGUGUCCCUGCCCGAGGACCCCAGCCCGCGGGCUGAGGUUUUGGUGGAGGACGAGGACACUAACGUCCAGGAGGACGACCUGUCUCUCACGGCCCACGACCUGCCGGCGGGGUUUGACUGCAGCGACAGCUUCGCCCUGGAGCCGGAGCCCCAGUACCUGCCCAGCCUGGAGGAGGAGCGGGAGGAGGCCCAGCAGGAGGCUCGGCGCACGCCGCCGCCCUCGCCCUUCCUCUCCGCCGUCCUGGCGGCGUUCCAGCCGGCGGCCUGCGACCACGCCGAGGAGGCCUGGCGCUGCCACAUCGGCCAGCUGGUGUCCGACUCGGACGGGUCCUGCGCCGUCUACACCUUCCACGUCUUCUCCUCGCUCUUCCAGAACAUCCAGAACAAGUUCUGCUCCUUGACCCACGACGCUGCCUGUUACCUCGGCGACGGUCUACGAGGAAUCGGCACCAAGUUCGUGAGCUCCUCCCAGAUGCUGACGACCUGCUCCGAGUGUCCCACCCUCUACGUCGACGCCGACACCAUCCUCUCCUACGGGCUCCUGGAGAAGAUGAAGUUUAGUGUGCUGGAGCUGCAGGAGUACCUGGACACCUACAACAACAGGGAGGAAGCAGCCAUCUCCUGGCUGCGGAACUGCAAGAGCACCUUCCCGAGGGGGUCGGGGAUGGGGGUGGUCACCUGCCAGCCCGGGGACUCUGAGGAGAAGCAAAUGGAAUCACUGGCACAACUGGAGCUGUGCCAGCGUCUCUACAAGCUCCACUUUCAGCUGCUGUUGCUGUUUCAGUCGUACUGUAAGCUGAUUGGUCAGGUCCACGCCAUCAGCUCUGUCCCAGAGCUGCUGAACAUGUCGCGGGAGCUGAACGAGCUGAAGAGCAGCCUGCGGAUGGCGGCGGUGGGCGUGGUGGGCGGCAGCCUGACGCCUCGCUCGUACCCGCGCGCGGCCACGCCCAGUUUCAGCUCCUCCGAGGCCGCCGUGCAGGCCGUGCUGGAGAGCCUGAGGAAGAGCGAGUUCGCCACCGCCAUCCGCCACAUCCGCGAGUGCAGGACGGUGUGGCCCAAUGACAUCUUCGGCGGCGUGUCGGAGGACGAGGUGCAGACGCUGCUGAACAUCUACUUCCGGCAGCAGAGCCUGGGCCAGACGGGCUCGUUCGCGCUGGUGGGGUCGCGGCAGGACCUGUCGGAGAUCUGCGCCAAGCUGAUGGAGCUGAACGGCGAGAUCCGCGACAUGAUUGGCCGCGCGCAAAGCUACCGCGUGGUCUCCGCCUUCCUCCCGGACUCCAGCGCGCCCGGCACCAGUCUCUGACAGGAGGAGGAGUUCACCUGGCCCCCGCCCCCCUCGCCCUGCUCCGCCCCGCCCUCGCCCCUCUUCUAGCUGCGCCCCUUAGCCUUACCCCCAUUCUAACCACACCCCCUAAACUAGUCCUUGAUAUCCCCCCACCCCCUGUCCUUGCCCCUAUUCUAGCUCCACCCCUUAUCCUGGCUCCUACUUUAGAACCACCCCCUGACCCUACUCUAGCCACUACCCCUGACCCUGUCAUUACUCUAGCCCCACCCCCUGGCCUUACCCAUAUUCUAGCCACACCCCUUUACCGUACUCUAGCCCCACCCCCUGACUUUACCCAUAUUCUAGCCACGCCCCCUAACCUUACUCUAGCCCCACCCCCUGGCCUUGCCCCUAUUCUACGCAUGCCCCCUGCCCCUAAUCUAGCCCCACCCUUUGUUCUUCCCCUAAACCAAACCCCACCCCCUGUCCUCACCCCUGCUUUAGCCCCGCCCCUUGCUCCCACCCACGUCCCCGCCCAAGAGCCAGCCCCAGCCCUAGCUCCAGUGUGGGGGUGCUGCUGCCCCUGCGUGGGGCUACCCCAAAAUCCUGCCCCUUACCUGGGGAAGCUGGGCGAGGCUGUGCUGGCUCUUCUCACCGGGGGGUCCAAAGGUGAACGUGUUCUCAGGCCGACAGAGGCACAGCAAUACUGGACGGGACAGACAGCCGCUGGGUACCUGACGAGUGCCCGUUGAACCGCGGCUGGAUUGCACUGGCGAAAACAGCCAGACUCUUAAGCCUGAUCUAUACUUCGUCGCACACUUUUGCGCAAUAAGCCAAUAAGCACGAAGUUACCGAAAAAAUGUAAACAUCAGCUGUUUGUCUUGUUACCAUAGACACAACAGAACCGUUAUCGCAGACCUCCGCUGAAGUAUAAAUACAGAAUGUUGCGCGACACUUUCAUUUUCGUCAUAGGACACUUGCCGCCAGGGAGUACAACGAGGCAUAAAUCAGGCUUGACCACGACGGUGAGCCUCGGUGGCGACACCUAGUUGCUGAGACUGGUAUCGCACUUCCAUAAUACGUUUCAAAGAGGAAUAAACCAAAGUUUGAACGAACUUCUGUUCUCUUUCAGAAGAAGACUCAGAAAAGGUGUUUAAAACGGGGUUUGCCGUUUUAAACUCCUAUGGAGGGUGGGUAGGGGGGUGGGAAUGUGCAAUGUUUCGUUCAACAGACAGCAUUUCGACUACGCCGGGCACAAAGAAUGCGUUUGGACGCUGACGACUUUCGGUACCGCGGAGCUAAACGAACAAGCUGGUGAAAAGGACGCUGACAUUUAUUGACGAUUUUUUUUGUAUUGCUGCCGGCUGUUCGAAAGCUUGAACGUGCGCCUGUGUGUAGGUGUAAAUUGAAACUUUAACCCAGACCACCAACCAUUGUACACUGUCCGCAUCGUAUGGAUUUGUGUGUGCGUACCCCGAAAUCGCUCCAAGGACAACCUCGACAUCGACGCUGUAGUCACUUCCGUUUUCUCAUAGGACUGGGUACCGUCCUCCCCUCGUUAAUCGUGAUUGGUCCUCAACUUUUUACGGGUGUUGUUUGCGUUCUACUGUGUAAUUAUUUGCUUGGAGGUGUAUUCAUAUUAUCGAGAAACCAAACAAGCAUAAUGGUGUUUGCAUUUUGUUGUGUAAUUAUUUGCUUCUAGGGUUAUUUAUAUUAUCAGAGACACCAAACGCAUUGAAUUUAGUUUUAUAGAACGAAUGGUCAGUCUGUUACAACUGCCAAGCAUGAUUAUCGUAUGUACUACUAAAAUUGUAUUAGACAUAUUUAACAAAUUUGUAUUUGAACUGAAAGAAGGAUUUGUAUAUAUGACAUGGGGAGCUUUGAUCAUGUGUUUGAGAUUUUAUUUUUUAAUUUGUGCACGUAAAAAAAAAAAAAAAAAAAAAAACGUACAAAAAACGCACAUUUUUAAAGUUUCCUUGUGGAAGGCCAUCAAACUCUUCCACGUUGUAAAUACUUUUACAGCUUUUUGUGAUGUCAUCUGGGUUGGUGUUCUGUACACUUAUGUAACAAAGUAAAUAAUAUAUGAAAUAUGAAA